AUGGAAGUUCCUAUCGCCAAAGUACGGUAUAUUCUGGAGGCCCAGGCCCUCGAUCAUCUUGAUCAAAUAAUUGGCUAUUUGGCUCACCUCUCGGGCCCAAAAAAGUCCAAUAUACCUCGCUCAAAGCGCUUCAUAGCCCCCUCGGCCCCCACCGACACCGCCAUCAUCAUCACCACCGCCGCAGACAAUAGGAUUAACUUCGCGUUCAUAACCUGUAGAUUGAGGCCAAACGCGCUGUUUAUCGUUUCAGUCGCCCAUCUGAUGAAAGGUCCAAUGAUUGGUAGGUCUUGGAGGUUGAAAGCGGUCGCAAAACGUACCAGGGCACUGGCAAAGUUGGCGAUUAUACCCUCGCGCUUCUGGCGCUCGGUGUCACCGUCCGACGCCACGGCCAUCGCCGCCACCAUCGCCACCAAUAGUGAUAAUAAUACUUAUCAGUUUAUGGGAGGUGUAGGUAUGUUUUGUAGAUUGAAACCCGAUACAAAACGUACCAGAGCAUUUAGAAUAUUCUGGAUCACAUCCCGUGCCCGGUUCUGGAUGUCAACCCCGGAUGCCAUGACCACCACCGCCAUCAUUGCCACCAAUAGAGAUAAUACUUAUGGCCAACCCAACUGGCUUAGAAUUAACAAGUUUACACGAUUUGGACUGAUUGUCCAGGGUAACCACCAUAUUGUCCACCACUCGGGCCAGUUGUACCAUUUGGUCCUCUUCCACGAGCGCCGACACCAUAACCACUAUCAUAGAUAUGAUCACUAUUUUUAGUGUUAUAUUUGCAUACUUUUGGCACAUUGUAUUUGUUUAAUACAUUUUUUUUAUAAAUAAUGUUCUUGCC